AUUCGCGGCCCAUGGGACGGACGACGGAGGGCGAAGAAGGCAGCCUCGAGAUGCAGAAGGAGCUCUGCGACGAGGGCAUGGCGCUCGUCAAUGCGGGCAUCGCGCUCCAGAACGCCGGCGACGCCGACGGCGCCGAGCGCGACUUUGCCCGCGCGGUCGAGCUCAUGGAGCGAGCGCUCGCCUUGACGUACGCGUCGCCCGACGACCAAGAAGCUGCGAGCCGCCUCAACAACAAGAUGUCGCGCUACAUCAAGAUGAUCAAGUCGCAGCGGGCCAAGGCCGGCACGACGCCGACGACCAAGCGCGUCACGGGCAAGUGCAACGUGCUCGAAAUGGACGCGCUUCCGGCGCGGUACCAGCCCAUCGCGCAGCUCUUCGCCUCGUCGCCGGCGUACGGCAACAUCUUUACGACGCUUCAGCAAACGUUUGGUUUCCAAGACGGCAGCGUCGCCAACCAGCGCGAGCACCUCAUGCUGCUUUUGGCCAACUUUAAAGAGUAUGUCGACGAGUCCAACGUCAAGGACGCUGCGAAUGGCGCAAAGGACGCGCAAGCUGACAUGGACUUGCUGCUCAAGGCCAUCGACAAGUUCCACACGCGUCUCUUCACCAACUACACCAAGUGGGCCAAGUACCUCGGUCAAAAACCAAAGUUUACAAAGGAGCCGCUUGUCGACAUCGUUCUCUUCUUCCUUCUCUGGGGCGAGGCCGGCAACUUUCGGCAGACGCCCGAGCUGCUUUGCUUUCUCUUCUUCAGUCUCGCGCCGUCGGUCGUGGGCGCCAACACGGGCAAUGCGCAGGAGAGCGGGUACUUCCUCAGCCGCGUCAUCCGGCCCAUGUACAACGAGGUCAAGAAGGACAACGACAAGAAGACGCCGAUGGGGGUCCGCGCGCCCCACACGGAGAUCCGCAACUACGACGACUUUAACGAGUUUUUCUGGACCAAGAAAUGCCUCAAGUACGAUGCGAUCUCGAUCGCCGAGGCAUUUGGCGCCGUCAACAAGGCGGGCAACCCGAGCAUCGUGAAGAAGACGUUCAUGGAGCGCCGCAGCUGGCUCCGCGCGCUCCUCUCGUUCCGGCGCAUCUUCGUGUCGCACUUUGUGCUCUUCCUCGCGACCCUUGCGUUCGCUGUCAACAUGGUGCUCGUCUGCCCCGUGACCCCUAUCAUGUACGGCGAAGACCUCGGCGCGACGGUCCAAUUCUUUGGCCACCUCUACUACAAGCCCAAGCCGAGCUUCUUAUCCAACGAUGACGCGACAAUGGAGUUUGUCACGCGUGGCUGCAACCUCCCAAAGCUUGCAACGUGCCUCGGCGUGCCCAACUACAACCCAGGCGUGACCUUCCAGUACCUCCCUGAAGACUUCAAGAUGCUUCUCAACGACGUCCCGUUCACCAACUGCCUCCAGCUCAUCUCGGGGCAGUGCACGUGCUACCUCGACCUCCUCGACCUCUGCUUUAGCCAAACUGGCACCGGUCUCAUGGUCAACACGGACGUUGCGGGCAAUCGCAAGACGGUCUCGGUGACCUACGACCAGACCAAGUGCAUGCCCAAGUACAAGAAAGCGGCGUUGAACGUCAUCAACACGAGCGGAAACGGGAAGCUCAACUGCCAAGCGUGCCGCCUCGAGGCAAGCAACUUGAUGGACUCGCUGCCGUACUUGAUUCCGCAGUUUCUCGACUUUGGUCGUAGCGACAUGGGCCCGCUCAUUAUGCUCGGGGGCGCAGGCUGCGUCGGCCUCUUGAUGGUCUGGGAGCUGCAGAACCGUCUCUUCUCCAGCGUUGGCAUUGGCUUUGUCGGUCGAUCGAUGCCGGUGCCAUGCGGUGCGUACUGCCGGUAUUUCUGUUUCUGGAUCCUUCUCUUCGCCGUCAAGCUCAUGUUUGACUACCAAUUCAUGGUCAAGAGCCUCGUCGAGACGACGCUCUUCAUUUGGCUCUCGGACCCGACGCAGUACCUCCAAGUGUCGCACUUUAUGCUUCAGAUCAGCUACCACAACGUCAUCUACAUCUUCUUCCUCUGGAUGCCGGCGAUCAUCGUCUUUCUCUACGACGCGCAGAUCUUUUACGCAAUUCUGUCGGUCGUCUUCGGCUCGGUCCGCGGCUUCACCUUGCGCAUCGGCGAGCUCCGGUCGUUCCGCAUCCUCCGCCUUACCUUCAAGUCGAUCCCGAAAGUCUUCAACAAGAAGAUUGUCUCCAACUUGAUCGAGGCCGACGCCGCGAAGAAGAAGAAGAAGAGAAAGAAGGCCAAGAAGGGCGAGAAGAUCAACGACGAGGACGCGGCGCCCGAGCGCCACUUCCUCCCCAUCUCGUACGACGACGGAAGCAAGCCGAUGACGGUCAAGACGCAAGCGUACAGCUCGCUGCUAGAGCAAGGCCACGACUUGAGCGGCAACUACACGGAGAUGUCGACGCCCCAUGACUCGGAUAUGUCGCCGACAUCGGCGCGGUCGUCGAUGAGCGACCCCAUUGCCGGCGUCACGGGGCCAGAAUUCGAGCGCGCAAUUCCGUUUGCGAUGGCGUGGAACCGGUGCCUUGCGUCCAUGCGCGACGAAGACGUUUUGAGCAACCGCGAGUUGAGUGUGCUGAGCUACCUCAUCGACUCGAAGGCGGCGGCCGAGCGCCGGCUCUACGCACCCGUGUUUCUAACCGCCGGAAAGCUCGACGAGUCGCUCGAUAUAGCGACCGAGUGCUACGCAGUGUACGAUCAGCUCAAGACGGACAAGAAGAAGGACAAGGCACUGCAAAAGAUGGAAUCGGCCAUGACCGAGCGCCUCGUCAAAGACGAUCUGCGCGUCCAGGCGAUCCUUGGCUCGUACAAGUUUGCGUCGCAGAUCAUCAAGCUCCUCCUCGGCGACGAGCACAAGGAGCUCGAUGCGUGCUUUAACUUUAUCGAAGAGAGCGUCUUCCAGCACACGACGCUCAAGGGUCUGAACUUGAGUGUUCUCUACCACUGCAAGACGUCGUGCGCCGACCUCAUGAAGGCGAUUCUGGACGUUCCGAGCGGCGCGUCCGAAGCCAACAUCAAGUUUCAGCGCUGCUUGUACCACGUCAUUGACAGCGUCGAGGUCGUUCUCACGCACAUGAAGAAGGUGCUCUCCAAGCAGGAGAACCUCGUCAAGAUCCUCACCGACACGCCGCUGAAACCCAACUCGUUCUUCUUCCCCGCCGACGGACAGCACUACGCGAGCGUCCAGCUGCUCAAGCUCGUGAACGACCAGACGGCCAUGGACAUUGUAUCGCGCGCGUACCAGCUGCUGACGGUCGACAACGUCGACGCCGAGCCCAAGUCGCCCGAGGGGCAGCGCCGCCUCCGGUUCUUUGCCAACUCGCUCUUCAUGGAGAUGCCCGAGGCCAAGCCCGUACGGCGCAUGCACUCGUUUUCAAUCUCGACGCCAUACUUCAACGAGAUCGUGCUCUACUCAAUCAAGGAGCUGACGACCGAGAACGACGACGCGAUCAAACUCCUCUACUACCUGCAGACGAUCAACCCAUUCGAGUGGGAGAACUUCCUCGAGCGCAUCAACUGCAAGGACAUGCACGAGGCGCUCAAGAAGUUUCCCGAGGAAGUCCAGCUCUGGGCCUCGUACCGCGGGCAGACGCUCGCCCGCACCGUGCGUGGCAUGAUGUACAACGAAGACGCGAUCCGGUUCCUCCACUGGCUCGAGAUUGGCGAGAACGAACCAAUGCACUUGAAGGCGUGCAGCUGCAAUGCCUGCUUGCAGCUCAACGAGAUGGACGAGCAGCGCCAGCAAGCCACCGACAUUGACUUUCUCCUGACGAAGCACCCGGGCCUCCGCGUCGCGUACGUCGAUGGGCCCAAGAAGAUGAAGGAAGGACCACCCAAGUACUUUUCGUGCUUGGUGCGCGCAGUCGGCGACAAAAUCGUCGAGGUGUACCGCGUCGAGCUGCCCGGCGACCCGAUCAUUGGCGAAGGCAAGCCCGAGAACCAGAACCACGCCGUCAUCUUUACGCGCGGCGAGUGGCUCCAGUGUAUCGAUAUGAACCAAGACGGGUACCUCGAAGAGUGCCUCAAGAUGCCUAACCUCCUCGCGACCGUGGAUCGCAAGGACCAUGCGAAAAACCCGCUCACGAUCAUUGGCUUCCGCGAAUACGUCUUCACAGGUGGCGUCUCGAACCUCGCGUCGUUUAUGCAGAUCCAAGAGCUUUCGUUCGUCUCGCUCGGUCAGCGCAUGCUCGCGCUCUUCCACGUCCGCCAGCAUUACGGCCACCCCGAUAUCUUCGACAAGAUGUUUGCAAUGACGACCGGUGGCACGGCCAAGUCGUCGCGCGGAAUCAACCUCUCGGAAGACAUCUUCGCCGGCUUCAACACGACGCUCCGUGGCGGUCAUGUCUCGCACGAGGAGUUCAUCCAAGUCGGUAAGGGUCGUGAUGUCGGUAUGCAGCAGCUCGCGCUCUUCGAGGCCAAGCUCUCGUCCGGUGCUGGCGAGUGCGUCAUCUCGCGUGACGCGAUGCGCAUGGCCAACCGCCUCGACUACUUCCGGCUCAACUCGUGGUUCUACGGCAACCUCGGCUGGUAUUUCACGCAGACGAUGACGGUCUUCGGCGUCUAUUUCUUCAUCUACGGCAAGAUCUACUUUGCCUUGUCGGGCAUGGACGCGUUCUUCUUGCAGAGCGGCGGCAUGGGCAUCUCGGGCGUCCUCAACACGUCGUGGGCGCUGCAGUUUGGCUUCCUUCUCGUCGUGCCCGUCAUUGCCGUUGUCGGCGUCGAGCAAGGCUUCCGUCACGGCAUCACGUACGUUCUCUGGAACUGCAUGAGUCUCGGACCCAUCUUUUUCACGUUCCAAAUGGGCAACCGCAUGAACCACUUUGACCGGACGCUCAUCCACGGCGGCGCGAAGUACCGCGCGACCGGUCGUGGCUUCACGAUCAAGCACGAGAAGUUUGCCGAGCUCUUCCGGUUCUACGCGUUUAGCCACUUUUACCGCGGCGUCGAACUCGCGUUCCUCCUCGUCUUGUACUACGCGUACGGGACGUUUUCGUGGUGCAACUGCUCAUGGAUGAUGGACUUGAGUUACUACAACAACAUUCAGCCGCUCGCAAACGAGUGGACGACGCGCUGCUACGCCAACUACUACCAGACGUGCGUGCUGCCGACCAACCAGAACUACGGUAUCAUGAGCUACUCGCUUUGGCUCAUUGCAGCGACGUGGAUGUGGGCGCCCUUCUUCUUCAACCCGAGCGGCCUCGACUGGGCCAAGGUCAUUGAAGACUACAACGACUGGCAGCAUUGGCUCCAGACGAAGAACGACUCGAGCGAGUCGUGGCUCGGGUGGUGGACGACCGAGCUCGAGUACCUCGAGCACUCGACGCCGUUUUCGCGCUUUGUGCAGAUCGUGCGCAAGACGCGCUUCUUCUUUGUCGCGCUUGGCAUCUACCUCCAGCUCAUGUACCGUCUCUUCUACAAGGACCAAAACAAGGUGGUCGCGACCGACCUCGCGAAAGCGGGCUUCCUCGAGUUUUACAAGCCAUAUAUGAUUGUCGGCGCGCUCUUCGUGCUCAUGCUCCUCCUUGUUUGCUGCGGCUACGUCUCGAACCGCAUCACGAAGAAGAUGUCGCUCAAGCAGAAGCGGCUCCGGAAACUCAAAUUUCACUUGAGUUUCGCCGUCUUGGUGCUCACGGUGCUCCUGCUCUUGUAUUUAAGUCUCGCCGCGCUCGUUGAGAUUGCCAUCAUCGUGCUCCUCGGCGCCUACUACGUGCUGCAGGUCAACAUGGCGCGGCUCCGCUACAGCCACGUGAUCAUCCGCACGAUGGCGAGCGGCUUUGACCGGUCCGUGGGUUGGAUCGUCUUUGGCCCGAUCUUGUUCAUCGCGAUGUUCAUGCCCUUCAUCUCCGACUUCCAGCAGCGCGUCAUGUUCAACUCGGCGUUCACGUCCGGCCUCGAAGUCUCCAAGCUCUUCUCGAACGACGCGGUCGCGCCGCAGCAAGCGCCGCCGCCCAAGACAAAGUCCUCGAAGAAGAAGAAGCGCGACGAUUGAUAGUCUUUUGCUCUCUGCACUUACUAAACUCGAAUUCACAUACCAUGAUUGCAUGACCA